AUGGCGGCGGAUACUAGCAGCUCCGAUGGCUCGGAGCACCUUUCUACAUCGAAGCCCACAGCCGUGGAAGUUGAACAAGUAAAAAUCGACGAGCGAGUGCCUGACCAUGCCAAUGAUUACGAGAAAAAUGGUUCGAGGACAUACAGCGAUGUUGAAGAUCAUGACAUUGAGCCCCCAAUGACAUUUAGCCGCAUCAUGAGUUUGAUUGCCAUGGCCUUUUUGUGGACUGGUAGUCAGAUCCCUGUCUACUUGUUCGGUGGUGUUCCUCCAUACAUCUAUGGCGACAUCGGCGGCACUGAUAGAUGGAUCUGGUUCAUCCUUGCAAACCUUCUUUCGUUAGCCGCAGUGUGCCCUUUCGUUGGAUCCAUCUCUGAUAUUGUCGGCCGUCGCUGGGUUGCGAUGAUCGGAGCGACGUUCCUCAUCAUCGGCAUGAUUGUUUGCUCUACUGCUCACGACAUGAACAUCUUCAUUUGUGGUAUGGUCUUUGCAGGAAUAGGGGCCGGCAUCAACGAAUUGACGGCUUUGGCUGUGACAUCUGAGCUGGCUCCUACCGCGCAACGCGGUAAAUACGUUGCAGUCCUCGUUUUUACUAUCAUUCCAUUUUGUCCAUCUGUACUAUGGGCGCAGCUUAUUGCCUCUCAUUCGACCUGGCGUUGGAUUGGACUUUGGAUUGGACUCUGGGCUUUCAUUGGCCUCGCCUUAGUCGCAUUCUUCUACCAUCCACCACCACGUGCUAACAGCCAAGGCAUGAGCCGCAAGCAGAUUCUCGCUGAGAUCGACUAUGUCGGUGGUUUCCUUUCCGUCGCUGGAAUGAUCCUAUUCAUGAUGGGUAUGCAAUGGGGAGGCUACCAGUACCCAUGGCACAGUGCUCAUGUUCUUGUGCCCUUAAUCCUCGGCGCCGUGCUUAUCAUCGCUUUUGUCGUUUGGCAAGGAUAUGCAACCCAUCCUAUGUUUCCUAAAAGACUGCGACAGGAACCACGAAUCUUGGGCCUUACCCUUGUCAUCACCUUCAUCUCCGGAGCCAAUUUCUUUUCCAUACUUAUGUUCUGGCCCACACAGGCAUUCAAUGUAUAUGGCCAUGACCCAAUUGGCGUCGGUAUUCGCGGUCUUCCAGUCGGCUUCUCUAUCCUUGCUGGGGCCUGCAUUGUGCUAUGGCUGCUGUCUCUGCUUCGAGGCCAUAAUAAGGAACUUCUUAUCGUCUCUUCUAUACUCAUGACUGCCGGUUGUGGUGCUCUUGCCAUUGGCCGAGUAGAUAACCUGCAUCAGCUUUGGGGCAUUUUAGUUCUGGCAGGUCUUGGAAUUGGAGGUAUUGUGGUUCCAGCAUCUAUCAUAUCGACUAUUAUCUGCCCCGACGAUCUUAUCGCUACGGUCGCCGCCCUUACCCUCGCUAUUCGUGUUCUUGGCGGGUCAAUCGGUUAUUGCGUCUACUAUAAUGUAUUUAUUUCCAAGUUUGUACCAGCGGCCACACACUACAUUGGUGGCGUCAUGGUCACAAAACUCAACAUUACUUCUUCCUCCGUUAUUGGCGAAGCGAUUGGAAUUACUGGUAGCUCGCUUCUUCCACUGCUCGAGGAACUUCCGGGAAUUAAGGGUGUACCUGGUGCAUACGAACUAGUGGUGUACGCCGGCCAACUUGCGUAUGCAGAGGCAUACAAGUAUGUGUACUAUGUUAGCAUUGCCUUUGGCUGUGUGAGCAUCAUUUCAGCCUGCUUCCUAGGUGACAUCUCCAAGUACAUGGACGAUCAUAUGUGGACCUUUGUCGAUAAGAAUGUCUCGGAACAGAUACCGAUGGCAAGCGAAGGCGAGAAGUUCUAUUGUGGCAAUGCACCGGAGAUGGAGGCGUUUGGUGGGGAGUUAGGAAUGCUCACAAAAUGA